UGUUAUCGAUAAACCUGAUAUCGGAGCUGCACGUGUGAUUUCAAUGUUUAUUUUUUGAACGGAAUAAAUAUUAAUAUUAUUACUCCGUUAAUAAUAUUAGAUCGGUUAAAUAGACAUGGGCAAGAAGGUGCACAAUGCCAAGGCGCGGCAGAAUCCGCAAACGAUUGUAGACAACUCGGCCGUGAAGAAGAUCCAGAUCGAUGUGGAUGCAGUGGCCGGUGGAAGCCAGGCGGGCUACGAUGAGGCCAACGCCCUGGUACUGCCCUCAGAGAAGCGGGCCACCAAAAUCAAGGUGGACAAGGUGCAACACGUAAAGAUCCUUACCAAGAAGCAGCGUAAGCACCUCCAGGCGAUUGUGGACAAAAAGAAGAAGAAGGAAGGCCGCGCCCAGCUCUUGGGUGACCUGGCGGCCGUGCAAAUCCCGGAGGCAGAGCUGCAGCAGUACACUUCUAUCAGCCAGGUACAAACGGUGGGCCUCAAGCGUCUGCCCACCCUGGAUGAGUAUCUGGCCAAGAAAAAAGAGCGGCAGGCGCAAGCCCUGGCCGAAAAGAGCUCGGGCUCGGGGCUCCGCGUGAAUGCUAUUAAGGGCUCCAAGCGCAAGCUGCUUGCCGAAGAGGAGGAGGAACUUGAGGCUAAGCGCAAGAAUCCGAAUGUGAUUAGUUUGGAGGAAGAUGACGAGGACACCUCUGAGGGCGAGGAUGAGACGCCUGCAGCUUCACCCGCUCCUGCUGCCAUACCCACUCCGGUCGUUGCUGUUCAACCGAAAAUCGAAGUUAAACCGCCCAAGGAAAAGCGAAAACCGGAGCCUGCUCCACCUGCCUGCAUCCACCAGACCGUUUACGUGCCCGUACAUCGUUCCACGGAAGUGCAGGAGGCUCGCCUUCGUCUGCCCAUCCUCGCGGAGGAGCAGCAGGUGAUGGAGACCAUCAACGAAAAUCCCAUUGUGAUCGUGGCCGGCGAGACGGGCUCCGGGAAGACCACCCAGCUGCCGCAGUUCCUAUACGAGGCGGGCUACGCCCAGCACAAGAUGAUCGGAGUGACGGAGCCGCGGCGAGUGGCUGCCAUUGCCAUGUCCAAGCGUGUGGCCCACGAGAUGAACCUGCCGGAGAGCGAGGUGUCCUAUCUCAUUCGCUUCGAGGGAAACGUGACUCCUGCCACGCGCAUCAAAUUCAUGACCGACGGUGUGCUGCUCAAGGAGAUCGAAACGGACUUUCUGCUCAGCAAAUACUCGGUGAUCAUCCUGGACGAGGCGCACGAGCGAAGCGUUUACACUGACAUCCUGGUGGGGCUGCUCUCGAGAAUCGUUCCCCUGCGCCACAAACGUGGCCAGCCGCUGAAGCUGAUCAUUAUGUCCGCCACAUUGCGGGUAACCGAUUUCACGGAGAAUACACGAUUGUUCAAGAUACCACCACCGUUGCUGAAAGUGGAGGCGCGUCAAUUUCCGGUGACCAUUCACUUCCAGAAGCGCACACCCGAUGACUACGUUGCGGAGGCCUAUCGCAAGACCCUGAAGAUUCACAAUCAGCUGCCGGAAGGUGGCAUCCUGAUCUUUGUCACGGGACAGCAAGAGGUUAACCAACUGGUGCGCAAGCUGCGACGCACGUUUCCAUAUCAUCCGCCAGCUAAGGAUGUGGCGGAAGUGGAUAAAGUGUCGCAGGAAGCAAAGGAGGAAACAAAGGAUGAUGCUGCAGAUACUGUGGAGGAUCCUAAGGAGCUGGAGUUCGACAUGAAACGAGUUAUACGCAACAUCCGCAAGUCCAAAAAGAAGUUCCUAGCCCAGAUCGCUUUACCCAAAAUCAACCUGGACGACUAUAAGCUGCCAGGCGAUGACACAGAGGCGGACAUGCACGAGCAGGAGGAUGAUGCGGAUAACGAGCGGGAGGGAUUAGAGGAAGACCAAGAAGACGACGAUGAACUGGGCUUGGAAGGAGAGUCGGGAAUGGCCUCCGGGCAGAGGCAUCCCCUCUGGGUUCUACCCCUCUACUCGCUGCUCUCCUCGGAGAAGCAGAACCGCAUCUUCCAGCCCGUUCCCGAGGGCUGUCGGCUGUGCGUCGUCAGCACCAAUGUGGCAGAGACCUCACUCACCAUUCCACACAUUAAGUAUGUGGUGGACUGUGGUCGCCAGAAGACCCGCCUCUACGACAAACUGACCGGAGUGAGUGCCUUUGUGGUAACCUAUACGUCCAAGGCUUCGGCGGAUCAGCGGGCUGGACGAGCGGGUCGCAUCAGUGCCGGCCAUUGCUAUCGUCUCUACUCGAGUGCCGUGUACAACGACUGCUUCGAGGACUUCUCCCAGCCGGAUAUCCAGAAAAAGCCAGUCGAGGAUUUAAUGCUGCAGAUGCGCUGCAUGGGCAUCGAUCGCGUGGUGCACUUUCCCUUCCCCUCACCACCAGAUCAGGUGCAGCUGCAGGCCGCCGAACAACGGUUGACUGUGCUGGGUGCCCUGGAGGCCACCAAAUCAGAGAAGACAGAUUUACCGCCAGCCGUCACCCGUUUGGGCCAGGUGAUCUCCCGCUUCCCUGUGGCGCCGCGCUUUGGCAAGAUGCUGGCCCUGUCCCACCAGCAAAACCUGCUGCCCUACACCGUCUGCCUGGUGGCUGCUCUCUCUGUCCAGGAGGUACUUAUUGAAACGGGGGUACAAAGGGACGAGGAUGUGGCCCCUGGCGCGAAUCGCUUCCACCGUAAACGCCAAAGCUGGGCGGCAAGCGGGAAUUACCAGCUCCUCGGAGAUCCCAUGGUCUUAUUAAGGGCCGUCGGAGCAGCGGAGUAUGCAGGAUCACAGGGCCGCUUGUCAGAGUUCUGUGCCACAAAUGGAUUGAGACAAAAGGCGAUGAGCGAGGUGCGAAAGUUGCGCGUCCAGUUGACUAACGAGAUCAACCUGAAUGUAAGUGACGUCGAACUUGGGGUGGACCCCGAACUGAAGCCUCCCACAGAUGCUCAGGCGCGGUUCCUUCGGCAAAUUCUACUGGCCGGCAUGGGUGACAGGGUGGCUAGAAAGGUCCCCCUGGCCGACAUCGCCGACAAGGAGGAGCGCCGGCGACUGAAGUACGCCUACCACUGUGCCGAUAUGGAGGAGCCAGCCUUCCUUCACGUUUCUUCCGUGUUGCGCCAAAAGACACCCGAGUGGGUUGUCUACCAGGAGGUAUACGAGCUGCAGAACGGGGACUCCACCAAGAUGUUCAUCCGUGGGAUCACCGCCAUUGAGCCAGAGUGGUUGCUUCUAUACGUUCCUUUGCUUUGCAAUAUACGUGAGGUACGCGAGGAUCCUGCUCCCAGAUUCGAUGAGGCCUCGGGCAAGAUAUACUGUCAUGUGGACGCCACGUUUGGCAAGUCAAGCUGGGAGCUCCCACUCGGCGAGGUGGAGAUGCCGCUUAGCGAGAAGGCCUGCUGUUACUUCGGAAUGUUUCUGUUAGACGGCCAAGUUUGCUCCGCGCUAGCACCCUUCCGUGGCAAACUCAAGUCCACUCCCGCUUCUGUGAUCAAGAGCUGGUCCAGCAUGAACGACAAGGUGCUGCGCUUCAAGCGAGCUCUCAUCACAAAGCAGAUCCACAGCCGGCAGGCGCUGCUGGACCAGUGGACAAGCGAUCCUCACUUCCUUUUGGAGGAGUACCAGAAUCUGCUCUACGACGUGGCGCUCAGCGAACUGACGCCUCUGUGGCCACCGGUGGACAAGAAGGAACCAGAAAGCCAGUCAAAAAGCUAGUUGAAGUCGGGUUUUUUGUAUAACAAGUUUCAUUUAUUAUUUAUUUAAUUGAUAUAUAUUUAUAUAAUUUUUUAUGUAUAAUAUAAAUAUGAAAUUUGUUUUAAAUGGAACUAAAAAAAAUGGAGUGGAGUGAGGGGGAAUAAAAAUGUUUUUGUUAACAGCUAAGUUUCGAUAAAUGUUUAA